CUGCGAAUACAGAUCGCAAUUCCCAUUUGUGGUUGUUGUUCAAUUAACCUCUGUUGCAGGUCAUACACACUCCUAGGUGCUUUGACACUGAAUGGAGCCUACAUGAUAGAUUGGUUGGAAAUUGCCACCAGCAUCUUUGUGUGGAUGGCUAUUUCAUAUACUGUACUCUAUCUCAGUGCCUCGUUCGUUGCUUUAAUGAUGAUGCGAAGACACCCGUACGUGGUGCUCUUCGUAAUACCUCUUCUUGCUAUGUGUGUGAUUGGACCAGUCACUGUCGGUGUGGCGACGUCUCUGGUGUUAGCGUACACACUAUCUGCCUCUGAUAAAGAAAUUAGCCCUUGGCAUUGCAUGGUUCUAGGAGUGUUUCAAAGUAUUAUGUUAGUCAUUGUUUCCUUUAGUCGUUUGUUAGGGACGUUAUAG